CAACGAGGAAAGUGCCUGAAGCCUGCAUUCUCUGGAAUGACCAUCAGAGGGCGACUCCCAGUGGCCACAUUAUCCUGAGGAGUUUAUAGUCUCAAUCGCUAGUUAAAUGUGAUAGCGAAUAAAUAUAUGAAUCUUCUCCAAUGCAGCAUGAUGUUCAUUGUGUAAAUUGUGGAGUAAAAUAGACGAUAAGGCAAUGGCGUGCAUUGUGGCGUGGAUACAGAGUGAUUGACAGCUAAUGCCAUCCAAUCGGUGCAUGGCUACAGGGUUACGUGGGCACGUGGUGGAGGAGCUCUCACUCAGACCCCGCCCCAAGUCUGGUUUAAAAAACCACUGGUCGUAUAUAAUCACGAUGUGACGAGAUUCCUUUGACGUCAAACAGACAAUCGGACAUUCGCGUGCCCUUCACGCCGUGACUGGCCGUUGGUACGAAUGUAGAGCGCAAACAGGGUUUGAACUUCUCAGUCAGGCUCUUUUUUUCGCCGUCACCUUUUAUGGCUAAUUUACAACACAAAAAAUACAUGUUGAUGAAAUUCUGACCAGAUGCAUUUGAAGUCAUUUGGCAAGUUGCAAAAACGUUGACGUUGAACGUGUCGCUUGGACGUUUACUGACGACACACAUCUGAUCUUCUGUUUGAUCGCUGACCGGUGAAGGAAACAUCACGGUUGGCAUGAAUACAGAUAAAAACAACGUCUCUAUGUGAACACGUCCAAAACUGCAAUCUUUCCGUAACAGUGACCAAAGUGCAUUACUUCUGAAUAUAAUCCAGCCAGUUCUUACAUUUGCCCACCGCACCAAUAAUUGAAAACUAUUCUCAUAAAUAUAUAAAGCUAAUAGGAGACGGCGUCGCAUGAAGCCGCCUAGAUGCUCACCACAUGCGAUUGCAGUGGCCCGGGGAGGUUUCGCUCGCCGGGUGCAGACUUCAGAAUCCUCACGGUGGGUUUUGUAAUGGUUCGAGGAAAACAAUUCCCCGAGUUGCUUGACCUUCCCGCGCUCACAGAUUCAUGAGGCAGCACUAUCGAUUUAAACAGGUGUAAAGGGCCCCCUCACCUGCCCAGGAAAUUGAAUCAUGUCAGAGGGCCGGCGGGUUAUUGCGCGCGACGCCGUCACCGCACGCCACAGGACACUUCUAUGUCAGGGGGGGCCGGACAAUAUUCAUUUUUACUUUCACCUCCCGUUGUGGGGACCAAGCGGGCGGGGAGAGCCGCGGCACAUUUGACCAGAAAGAGGUUAAUGGCAUUUUGCUCUCGGAAAGUAUCCAGGAAGUCGCCGGAGCGGGCGCGCCGAAUUCACAUCCCGCCGCAGUGUCCGGACUUAAAAUAUUCAGGAUGUGUGCUCUCAUCCUCCUUGAGAAGGCCAAUGAUAUAGAGCUCCUUUCCUCUGUUGGGUAAAGCUAAUUAAGUUUCUUUCUUCUUUUUUUUUUUGGAAAUACCUAGUUUCAUAAUCAGAGCAACACUGUCGUAAAUUUCAAUCCAACGUAGAUCGUGCGCCCGUCACCCUUAUCUCAAUAUGACGGUAUCCUUUUUUUCCCCAGGAGUUAUACUUUAAUGUCAUUUUAGGUCUACACCUUCUUGCAGUGUGUGUGUGUGUGUGUGUGUGUGUGUGUGUGUGUGUGUGUGUGUGUGUGUGUGUGUGUGUGUGUGUGUGUGUGUGUGUGUGUGUGUGUGUGUGUGUGUGUGUGUGUGUGUGUGUGUGUACUCGGAGGUGAGCAUGCUCAGACUUAUUUCAAUCCCUUUCGUGAAUGGCUGAUUAUCACAAUCUCUAGCUUAAGUUCAGGGCGAGCAGAACCGCAAAGCCCCUCAGAGUGAGCGACAAAAGACGAGAGGAAGGAGUCGGCAUGGCCCAGAAAAAUAACUUUCCGUUCUCCAUCAGGGAAUAUAGACCCUCGGAUCGGCACGUGGUCCUUCCGCUCUUCCGUGACGGGAUCCUCGAGCACGUGUACCCGGCCUUCUUCAAGGCCAUGAGCCACCCAGACCACGUGGGCGUCGCUCUGAGUAUUUCCAUGGCCGGCUAUGUGCUGGGAGGCAGCUCCUACUUCCAAGCCUUGCUCUUUGGCGGCGCGUGGGCCGGCCUCAUCUACUACUGCUGCCACGACAUCUACGAGGGCUACGUGACGCGGCGGCUGGGCACGGACAUGGCCGACAUUCAGGCCAACUACCUGCAAAGCCCAGACAGUGGUUUCUGGGUGGCAGAGGCAGACGUCAACGGCCAGACCAAGGUGGUGGGGAUGGUGGCGGUGGCGGGGAGGAAGAGCGAGGAGGGCGCUGAGCGGUUUGACGACCUGAACGGAGGACUGGCGGCGGGAGGCCCAGAGUCGGCAUGCGGCGCCGGAGACGGGGGCCACGGCGAGAUGCCCCACGUGGUCGUGGUUUUCCCGUGGCGCCGCAAAAGCCUGGGCUCACAGCUGAUGCAGAAGGCCUUGGACUUCUGCAAAGAGCACGGCUACGCCCGCCUGGUUCUGGACGUCAGCUCGCCGCAGACGGCCGCCAUUUCCCUGUGCCAAAAAUCCGGCUUUGUUCAAACCGCAUCCCACAGUGACACGCACGCCAACCGCUGGGUCUCCAGACUGGCCAGAAUAAAUGUGAUGCGGAUGGAGAAGUUCAUUUAAAACCUGCGACGGACUGAUACAACCUCACCUUUACGAAGAAGAAGAAUUCAGCUAAUUUAUGUCUCAUUGAAUGAUCACGGCUGAGUGAUACCUCAUCACUUUUGUCUCCAGCUUGCUGUCAUGGUAGU